UCAGUUCAUGACCCACCGCACCCCAUGACCGAGAAACCCUUACGACCCUCGAUUCCAUAGUCGACCAUUGCAUUCGAGCUUGCGCUCCGGCCCUUAUCCGAUCGGCAUCGGCAAUUGCACGAAAACGCUCCCUCUCACUGUUUAUAAUUGCUCAAAUCCAGAGUCUCAUCGCCAGUUGCAGGAACCAGAAGAACCUCCCCUCUCUCUUACACGGAAGUCUAAUUUUAGCCGGCUAUUAGGGUUGUGUUCUUCGCGAUUACACUAAAUGGAGGACCUGCCUCUACCGUCAAUUUUCGAACAGGCGAGGAAGAUUCAUACGGCUGCAACUGAGUCUGCGUCUGAUCAGGAUGUUGUGAGGAAGGGUUGUGAUGCAUUAAGGAAGUGCGAGGAUAUGAUUGGAAAGCUGGGCUUGUUCUCAGCUAACGAGACUAAAGAUGAUAUUAGCACCGGAAAUAUUAAAUAUAUUCUGGUGCCAUUUUAUCUUGCUGAGUUGACUGAGAAGAUUGCACAGGAUGACAGGAUACAGAUCCUCAAGGCUUCCCAGGCAAAAUUAAAGGAAUUCAUAUCAUUUUGCGAAACUAUGGAACUGGUGCCAAAAGAGGAGCUAGAAACAUCUAGUGAUGGAAAUUCACUUGCAGAUCGAAGGGCUCGAAAGAUUGCUAGGUUCAAACGUCAAAAGGCUGCUGAAUCGAAGUUACUUGAGAUAAAGGAGCGAAAAGAGCGUCGUGGGCGUUCAAGCAAAGCAUCUGCUUUGUCUGCUCCUAUAGAGGCAGGAGAGGAGGAUGUGCUGGAUGAUGAUGGAGAGGAAGAGCGUGAGGCUUGGAUUACGACCAUCACUUUGGCAAUCUGCAAGGCUUUUGAUCUACUAGAAAUGCUGAAAAAGGAGGAAGAGAUGCUCUCUUCUAUAAAGGAAAAACAAGAAAAGGAUGGGGACAAGGACUUCUCUCAAGAGAUUCUUGAUUAUCGUAUGAAAAGAGCAGAAGCUUGGCAUCGUGAUGGUGUUGUGAGAGCACGAUAUUCGAAACCAGCGGCACCAAUCACUUGUGCAACUUUUGCCCAGGAUGUUUUAGAAGGGAGAGCAAAUGUCUCUCAAGCACAUGAACACAAACAUCAGCCUCUCAUAUUUGGACCAGCAAGUCUUGUAAAUGGAUCCCUUACAAGUGAGAGGGAGAGGUUGGCUGCCCAGGUUUUCCAACCUGGCUUUAGGUUACCAACCAUGAGCAUUGAGGAGGCUGGGCUGAGGGAGAUGGAAAUGAUGAACAAAUGGCAAGAGAGGACUACCAAGUUCAUAGAAGAAGCAAACUCUGCAUGGUACAAGGACAGUCGAAAGCCAGGGCCGAGUGAAGAGGAGGACGACGAAGAUGAUGAUGCUGCUCAGGAUAAGGCGCGGGCAUGGGACGACUGGAAAGACGAAAAUCCUCGGGGUGCCGGAAAUAAGAAGCUUACGCCCUGUGGGUAGGAAGGGCUGUGAUCAGCAUUCUAUGAAUUUGGGGUCUGAUCCUACAUACUUGUUACAGAAUCCUUGUUUAUUUAAGGGUUUAAAGUACAGAGUUAUGUUAUGUGUAGUUUGAUUGCUUUCGUGUAGGUUGGAUGGUAACUUUUGUACAAUGUCUACCUUUUGGUCAUAAUCGAAUAAUUUACUGCCAGGUACAUGGAAUCCCAUUAUUAGAAACUGCCAGCCAAUGUUGUACUAUAAUAUACUAUUAAUAUCUACUGUUACGUAACCAUUCAUUAUUUUAA